AUUUAGCUCAGUGGUAGAGCGCUUGCCUAGCAAGCGCAAGGCCCUGGGUUCGGUCCUCAGCUCCGAAAAAAAGAAACAAAAAAAAAAAAAGCUGGCCAGGCAGUGGUGGCACACACCCUUAAUCCCAGCACUCAGGAGGCAGAGGCAGACAGAUCUCUAUGAAUUUGAGGCUAGUCUGGUCUGCAAGCCUUGGGUUCAGUGAGAAACCCUGGCCUCAAAAACAUAUGGUAGAGAAGCUAUUAACUUCCUCUUUUACCAAGACCCAUCAACACAGGCCACAUUCUCAUGAAGACUGUGAAGAAGGCGGCCCGGGUCAUCAUCAAGAAGUACUCCAUGUGCCUGGGUAAUGACUUCCACACCAACAAGCGCAUGUGUGAGGAGAUCAUCAUCAUCCCCAGCAAGGACCUUCGGAACAAGAUAGUCGGCUAUGUCACGCAUCUGAUGAGGCAGACUCAGAGAGGUCCUGUGAGAGGCAUCUCCAUCAAGUUGCAGGAAGAAGAGAGAACGAGGAGAGAUAACUAUGUUCCUGAGGUCUCAGUCCUAGAUCAGGAGAUCACUAAGGUAGAGCCUGACACCAAGGAAAUGCUGAAACUUCUGGACUUUGGCAGUCUCUCCAACCUCCAGGUCACUCAGCCUACGGUUGGGAUGAAUUUCAAAACACCAUGUGGAGCUGUUUAGUCUGUUAUGCCAUAUUUUCAACAAAAGAAAACAAAAAGACAGCCCAGUAUCAACCCCUCUACAUAUACACAAACAAUACUAUCUCACGUGCAUGGACGUAUCCAUGCAUAUACGUCCCCCCCCACACACACACACACUUGCAUGCACACAUUAAAAGUUAACUCUAAAAAGACUGUGGAAGAGAAGGAAAUCUGACCUUACAGUAGUAGAUUUUACUACUUACGACAAAGAUUAUACAUAUGGUUACAUGCAGGCUAGGGACUUCUAGGUAUUCCAAAACACACGAAGGAAGUAAAAGGCUGGGGUGGGAGUGGGUACCUGUGUGGUCACAGGGUAAGGAGCCAGAAUCUAUAGUCCUGCUGACCCAGAACAGACAACUUAGCAGAAAAACCACAGGCUGAAGUACCAGCAAGAAACAACUUUUUUUUUAAUCAUAUUUGAUAGCAGCUUUUUUAUUGGUUACAAAACCUAAGCCCACAUACAAAAUUAGGAACAUGCUUAGAUGCCUCUUUUGAAAGAACAUUUUAGCCUUUUUUUAAAAACUGAGCUUUUUAAAAAAAAUAAAAACAAUGCAAUUUUAAAACACUGUUUUGAAAACUUAAAAGUGCAACAAUAAACUUAGUUCCCUUUAUCUGCGAAGUGGUGUGAUUCCAAUUCCCACCAAAUCAAGCAGACGCAGAGUCCGUACUACUCGAUGCUAAUGUUACUCAAAGGUUAGUGUGCAUUUAAGACGCAAGAGGAAAUAGGAAUCACCACAGUACAGCCCGAUUUUAAUCUCAAUGUGUAUAAAUUUUAAAGGGUAAUGUCAAGUUAAGUAGGAAGAGUUUUAUCUUAUAUCUGAAAUGGAUACAAGCGUAUGUUUAAACGGCAAGAUUUUUACUUGCUAGAGAGUCUGUUUUAGUAUAGUAGUUUGGUCUCUGAUUAUUUAUAGGUUUUAUAAAUUUUAGAAUCAAUUUCUCUUUAAGGUGGCUCAGAUUUUCAACUCUUGUGCACAUAAAAUUGAGUUGAAGUUCACUGUGCCUUUUUUCUUUACCCAAAUUUUGAAUUAAAGCUUCAUAUGGUGACUGCAUCCUGUUCAAACACUUGUCUACCUUUUGAAACUGUGUAGAGUUCACUAAAAGGGGGAGUAACAAAGUCAGAAUGAAUUACGGUCACAC